AUGCACCUCGCCCGCCAUGCCAUAUCCUCCACCACACCCGUCGAGGUCCUUGAUGCCCACUUCGAUGCCUCGGCAUCUAUCUUUACCGUCGCGACACCCUCGGGCUUCGCCGUCUAUCGUACUUGGCCUUUACAACUCCUACGCGUGCGCGAAUUUACUGGCGGAUCACUUGCGAUAGUUCUACCGAUGCAUACGUCUUCGUUAUUAUUCCUUGUCGGAGGUGGUGCGAGUCCGCUGUAUCCGCCGAAUAAGAUUGUGGUGUGGGACGAUGCGCGCGCGCGCGCUGUUGCAGAGCUCGAGUUUCGGGAGCGCGUGAGGGGGCUUGCGGUUAGGAGAGGGUGGCUCAUCGUUGCGCUUCGGCGUCGGGUAGUUGCGUUUGAAAUUGGUGAGGAGAUUCGACGCGUACAUGAAUGGGAUACGUGCGAUAAUCAACGGGGCUUAGUGGCAAUUGCUACCGCAGCACACGCGACGCUGCUCGCUAUUGCGGGGCGACAAACUGGACAUGUACAACUAAUCCAUCUUCCACCAUGCCGACCACCUGCACCAACGCCGAACACCCCCGCUUCGCCUCCUCGACCUCCGCCUAAACCGGUCAAGCAUCCGGCUUCAAUCAUAGUGGCUCACUCUACUGCGCUUAGUACCCUGACCGUACUCCCGUCUGGCCGCUUGCUUGCAACGACUUCGUCACAGGGCACGCUCUUGCGAAUUUGGGAUGCGCAUACCGGUAAACUCGUACGUGAGUUACGACGAGGGAGUGAUAAAGCCGAGAUCUACGGUGUAGCUUUCCGACCAGACGAGCAAGAGGUAUGUUGUUGGAGUGAUAAGGGUACUGUGCAUGUAUUCUCGCUAGCAACCGGUUCUUCGUCUUUAAAUCGACAAUCAGCCUUUUCUCCUCUAACUCCGUUCAUCUCCCUCCCGCGUUACUUCGACUCCGAGUGGUCCUAUGCACAGUACCGAAUACCAUCACAAAAAACACAUAUCGCACUCUCCGCGGGGACGAGUAGCGGGCGGCUCGCAGAUGUCCAAGAUGAGCGAUGUACAGUCGCGUGGGUCCAAGUUCCUCCUCCCGAAUCCACGCUACCAUCUACCAUCACUACUCCCGCGCCGAGAAAGGGAGAGGACAAAGGGAAAGGGAGACAGCCCGAAGCCGCACCACCACCACCACCAGAGUAUCAAAUGAUUGCACUAACGUACUCUGGUGGAUGGUAUCGCAUCGCAUUACCUUCUUCACCUUCUGCCAAUACGUCUGCUACUGGGGCAGGUAGCGCUACUAUCGCUCGUACUCCCUCAUUAUCUGGUGCUGGAGUCUCACAUAUGCCGUCGCAUCGUGAGCGGCGAUCGUCAGGUGGAUCUUCUAUUGUUACGGGUCGCAAUGCGGCUACUGCACGAACUGCAAAAGGCAAGGGGAAGGAGAGAGAAGGGGAUGAGAAAGAUAAGGAGAAGGCUGGGCGGGAGUGUACGCUGCAGGAGUUUAGACGAUUUGGGAGGUGGGAUGGCUGGGGAUGAGUAGAUGUUAAUCGCGUAAUCAUUAAACUCAUCGUGGUACAGUAUCCUAUCCUGCUGUUACUUCUUUUUAUUCUAUUUUGCAUCACGUCACAUCAUCGCCCGCUUUCUACGAUGCUUUGUCCAUCCAUCCCAUUUUUACGCAUCUGUAUUUGUAGUAGACUCGCAACUCGCACUACACGUCAUGUCCCACUCUUAUUUUCAUUAUUUGACCUUGGUGCACGUACUAGUAUUCUUACU